AUGACCAUCAGGAGCUGGAGGCAGACGCCGGGAUUGCGCCGCCCGCCUGGAACUGCCCAGUCCCUCCCCGGCGUGCUAGGAGCGCAGUCUCGGCGCGCGGGGGCCGCUCCGCGGGGCCGCGCGGGCAGGAUGGUGUGUGCUCGGGCGGCCCAGGGUCCCGGCGCGCUGUGGGCUGCAGCCUGGGGCGUCCUGCUGCUCACAGCCCCCGCGGAGGCGCAGCGCGGCCGAAAGAAAGUCGUGCACGUGCUGGAGGGCGAUUCUGGCUCCGUGGUUGUGCAGACAGCUCCUGGGCAGGUGGUCAGCCACAGGGGUGGCACCAUCGUUCUGCCCUGCCGCUACCAUUAUGAGGUAGCUGCCCAUGGCCAUGAUGGCGUCCGCCUCAAGUGGACCAAGGUAGUGGACCCGCUGGCCUUUGCCGACGUCUUUGUGGCACUGGGACCCCAGCACCGGGCAUUUGGCAGCUAUCGCGGGAGAGCAGAACUGCAGGGCGAUGGACCUGGGGAUGCCUCUCUGGUUCUCCGAAAUGUCACACUGCAGGACUACGGGCGCUAUGAAUGUGAGGUCACCAACGAACUGGAAGAUGACACGGGGAUGGUCAAGCUGGACCUGGAAGGUGUCGUCUUCCCUUACCACCCCCGCGGAGGCCGCUAUAAGCUGACCUUCACAGAGGCGCAGCGCGCAUGUGCUGAACAGGAUGGCAUUCUAGCAUCAGCUGAGCAGCUGCAUGCGGCCUGGCGAGAUGGCCUGGACUGGUGCAACGCGGGCUGGCUGCGAGAUGGGUCGGUGCAGUACCCAGUGAGCCAGCCCCGGGAGCCCUGCGGCGGCCUGGGAUUGACUGGAAACACCGGGGUCAGCGGUGGUGCCUCCGGGGGCGUGCGCAAUUAUGGGUACCGUCACAACGCUGAGGAACGCUAUGACGCCUUUUGCUUCACUUCCAACCUCGCAGGGCGCGUGUUCUUCCUGAAGCCACUUCGGCCGGUGCCCUUCGCGGGAGCCGCGCGCGCAUGCGCAGCGCGCGGCGCAGCCGUGGCCAAGGUGGGACAGCUGUUCGCCGCGUGGAAGCUGCAGCUGCUGGACCGCUGCACAGCCGGCUGGCUCGCCGACGGGAGCGCGCGCUACCCCAUCGUGAAUCCGCGCGCGCGCUGUGGCGGCCGCCGGCCAGGAGUGCGCAACCUCGGCUUUCCCGAUGCCACACGCCGCCUCUUCGGCGUCUACUGCUACCGCGCACCCGGCGCGCCGGAUCCCGCUCCUGGAGGCUGGGGCUGGGGCUGGGCCGGAGGCGGAGGCUGGGCGGGAGGCGCGCGCGACCCCGCCGCCUGGACUCCCUUGCGAGUCUAG